AUAAAAAUAAAAAAACUAAACUAUUAAGUCACGAAUUCUCCAACAUUUCCUUCUCUCUUAUCAUAUUCACAUCUGCCUAUAAACAAGGCAUUCCACCCACAUUGCAAAUUAAAUUACUCUCUUCAAGAAAGAUCACAACAGAAGAAAACAAUAUGAAACUUAGCUUCUCUUACCUUUCCCUCCUACUUUUCUUCAUUGCCUUCCACUCCAUAACUGCAGCCAAUCUCAUCAUCCAAGAAACUUGCAGGAAAUGUGCCCAUAUUGAUCCUAACAUUCACUACAACUUCUGUGUAGCUUCCCUUCAAGCGUCUCCCGAUGCCCACUGCGCUAAUCUUCGCCAACUUGGCAUCAUCUCCCUCAAGAUAACUAGCCUCAACGUGACCGACACCGGGCACUAUAUUAAGGACCUCUUGAAGAGCAAAAGACUGGAUCCCAAACUCAGGGCUUGCUUAAAUGAUUGCCUCGAUCUUUAUUCAGAUGCCAUCCCCGCUCUGAAACAAGCCAUCAAAGACUAUAAUUCUAACCGUUAUGAAGAAGCCAAUAUUGUAGUGAGUUCAGUUACCGAUGCCUCCACGACCUGUGAAGAUGGAUUCAAAGAAAUAGGCAUAGUUUCACCAUUAACAGGAAGGAAUAACAAUACGUUCGAGUUGUCUGCUAUAGCGCUUUCGAUCAUCAAUAUGCUCCAUUAAUUUCCUAUUCUUCCCAUCAUUUGUCCUGUUUGGUUUUUUCUAGGUUAAUGGUUAUACGUCAGUUUCUAUAAACUUGGUUAGGUUCAUCAAUUAUGAAGUAAAUUUGUCUUCUUGUUCA